GUUUACUUACACUUUGGAUCUGAUAGUUGUUAUCAACUUAGUAACAAUUUGCAAACUUUAGAGCCAAGCUUUAACAUUUCCCAAACAUAUUUUGGAAAACAAUGAUUAAGAACGGAUUUUUUCUGGUUUUGACUCUCGUGGUUGGUGUUAAUGGACAGUGCUGUCCUCCAAGACAGUACGAAGUUACCAUAGAUACCUUCCAAGUAGAAUAUAAAAGCGGUGUUGCUGACAGGGUACGUAUUUCACAAGUUUUAAAAGCGUUUACUAUGUUCUUUCUUAUUUACUCUACGCUUAAAGCUUAAUUCUUCUUGAAGGGUAUGCAGCGUGUGUCAUAUGACAUUGAUGAGGAAAAAAUAGCAUUGCAUUCCAUUAGCUACACCAAAAAUGUCACAUCGACUAUAUUCAUGGACUAUAAGGAGGGAAAAGAAUACGUUUUGUCCAAUGGUGCCUGUCUUAUUUUUCCGUUAGGAAACUUCAGUGAUCCUUGUAUACCGGAGGAUGCCAGUUUUCUUGGACAAUCAUAUCUUGGACAGCAACCCAAAGAGACACCAAUACAUAUGUAUAAAUAUAAAACUGAUAAACAUGAUAUGUAUAUCACCGUCACUGAGGACUGUAUUCCAAUAGAGGCACAUUUUUCAAACGAGGUCAAGGGCCACUCGGAGUUUCUUUUGUACUCAAGCUUUUCACCCGGGAUCAAAGACAGGAGUGUGUUUACUCCUCCAAUUAUCUGUGAUAAACAAGGAAUUAGUUCUCCCCAUGUUGCUGGUAGAAGAAGGCGGGGAAUUUUUGUACAUAAUUCAUUUGAAUAACUUCCCAAUUUGAUUUUUGAAAUUCAGAUCAUUUUAUUGGUUUAAAAAAAAUACUGAACCACAGUUUUUUUUCUGUAUU